AUGUAUGGCCUGUAUUUAGAAGCAGUGAAUGACUACAUAAAUGAAUCGUAUGGAGAGGACGUAUGGAGACUAAUCGAGGCCAGAGCCAAGAUCCCUCACCUGAAAUUUGUUCGACACCAAAUGUACAAUGAUAAUCUUAUCCUACGACUGGCAAAGGCUGCUGGAUAGGUUCUGGGAAAAACUCAUGAUGAGCUCAUAUACGCUUCUGGAGUCUACAUGGUCAAGCGGAUAGGAAACUACGGUUAUGAGAGGAUCCUAAAGGUACUGGGGCGCAAUGUACAAGACUUCAUCAGAGAUAACCUGCACGAAUAUUUCAGUUUCUCCUUCUCUAAAGUCCAGCCACCUUUCUAUGUCGAGGAGGAACGCAAAACAAGCCUCACCCUGCAUUACCGCUCAACCAGAAAAGGCUUCACACAGUUUGUCAAAGGGCAGCUCUCUCAGGUGGGCCGUCAGUUUUAUAACACAGACAUUGAGGUGGAGAUUUUGUCCAAAGAGGAAACAGAGAAAAUGACAUAUGUGUUACGAGUGUACAAAAUGAAUUUUGACAAUGCUGCGUUUAAGCACCGUAUGCCCCAACAGAAAACAGCCCCAGGCUACGAGAAAUUGCCCAUGAAGCGAGGAAUCUUUUUCGAUAUGUUUCCCUUCAGCGUGAUUUUCCGAAGGGACGUGACCAUGUAUCGGAUCGGAGACGGUUUGAAAGAGGUGUUUUCUGAUCUGCAGGGCAAAAAAGUCAAUUAAGAAUUUACCCUGGUGCAACCCAUGCUGGAAUUCAGCUGGGACAAUAGCUACACCCACCUCAACAAUGUGUUUGAGCUCCUGUCCAAGGCUGUGGUGGAGAGCAAACAGAAGGUCAACAUCCCCAAACUUAGCAAAGACAAACCAGAGGAAAAAGAGGAAAGUGAAAAACCCAAAAAGGAUGAAAGAGACAUUAAGGUGAUGGAUGAAAUAAAAGGCACGGACCAAGAAUACAGCAGCGCUUUGAUUCAGUACAACAGCUCUGCUAAUUCUGGAGGAGAGGACAUUGAGCUGCUGGCUUUUCAGACUGUCACUGGCAAGUGCAGUGAAACAAUAUUUGAAGACAUGCGAGAGCCCCCUAAAAAGCCUCUUCAUCUAAAGGGUCAGAUGAAGUAUGUGUCGCAGUGGGACUCCCUCAUCUUCCUUGGAACUCCCAUUAUUGAGACAGUGGAGGACAUGAUAAAAAUGGGCGUUUAUGUCAACAAUUUAAACGUGCACGACUCAAGCAAAGAGCUCAUUCUUGUCGGCACGCAGCAGUCAGCCGAGCUGCAGCUAGCAAUUGACCAGGAGCAGCAGAAGUCUGCGCAGCUCCAGGAGAUCAUUAAAAAGUUGGAUGAGGAGAAGAAGAGAGGAGACUCCCUACUGUACGCCAUGAUACCCAAAGCCGUGGCAGACAGACUGCGCAAGGGAAUAACAGCCCCGGAGACGUGUCAGGUGUUUCCAGAUGUGACCAUUCUGUUCAGCGACGUGGUGAAGUUUAAUGAGAUCUGUAUCCACAUAACCCCUAUGCAGGUGGUGGAUAUGCUAAGUGAGAUUUACAUCGUUUUUGACACACUCAGCGAGAAACAUAAUGUUUAUAAGGUGGAGACCAUACGAGAUGCCUACAUGGUCGAGGCAGGUGUGCCCAAUAAAACCACAUUCCAUGCACAUCACAUCUGUGACAUGGCUCUAGACAUGCUGAGCUCCAUCAAUCAUUUGAAAGAUCCCUCCACUGGGGACAACAUCCAGAUCCGUGUCGGCAUUUACUCUGGGAUGGUGGUAGCAGGGGUGGUGGGUCUAAAGAUGCCAAGAUAUUGUCUGUUCAUCGUAAACACAGCUUCUCAGAUGGAGUCAAAUGGCAUUGGCAUGCAAAUCCACAUCAGUCUGACCACCAAAGAUCAUCUGGAGCAUGAGCCAUACAUCAUUGAGGAACGAGGAAAGAUCCUGACUCAGGGUAAAGGUUAUAUGAAGACAUACUGGCUUAAGGGUAAGAAAGACCUCUCUUUUAAGUCUCCAGCAGAGCUCAGAUACAGCAAUGAGCAGAAGGACUAUGAGGACAGAAGCUCAAAUAGUUCCACUUGCACUAACAGGAAACAUUCCCCAUUCAGUCUGAAUACCAAUGAGGAGCAGGCUGAGGUUAAGACCAUACCACCACUAGAGGGCGCUCCAGACCCAAACACGUUCACCAAUGAGUCCCAGGAGAAAGAAAAGGUUAAAAAGAAAAAGAACAGCAAAGGAGGCAAGGCAGACAAUGCAUCAGGGAAAGCACAGGACAGCACUCCACCUGCUGGAGAACCGGAGAAUGCAGCUCCAGAGCUAAAUAACAAAAAGCACAGUUUCAGAAGCCAAUACUCAUGACUACCAGUCAAUCUUCCAAUGAGAUGCACAGCCUGCAGUCUGCUGUAA